AUGAAAACCAAUGCUACAUCACAAGAACCUACUUCAUUUGACGACAAACGAAUUGAUCCAAGAAACAACUCCGGGACUGGAAAUGGCGGUGGUGCUUCAAAACCGUCACGUAACAAGAAAAAAACGGAGCCAAUCUUCAAGUCCGGCACCGGCACUGCCGACGCUGCCUCCAAAGCGGCAUGUCCGAGCCCAAAACAGCAGCACGCAAAUAAUGGUUCCAGGCUACCCAUGAUUUCCGAGAGCGCCUCCACCUCUACCUGCGGUAAUUCGACGACGACCUCCGCAACAACUACAAUGACCGCCGGCGCCGCCAAGAGCAGCGACGCGAAGCUGAGCGACUCCAUCAGCCGCGGCAGCAACAACAGCAACCGAAGCGACAGCAUCGACAGCGUCGCUUCCGCCCCAAUCAGACGCCAUACCGGCGGCGACUGCCGGUGGGAGGCCAUUCAGUUGGUCAACGCCAAGGAGUCCCCAAUCGGCAUCGGCCAUUUCGUACUGCUGAAACGCCUCGGCUACGGUGACAUCGGCAGCGUGUAUCUCGUCGAGCUCAGAGGAAUUGGUACCUUCUUCGCCAUGAAAGUGAUGGACAAGGCGUCGAUUGCUAGCAGGAACAAGCUCCUCCGAGCUCAAACCGAGAGGGAAAUCCUUAUCAUGCUCGAUCACCCCUUCUUGCCGACUCUGUAUUCUCACUUCGAGACGGAGAAGUUCUAUUGCUUGGUGAUGGAGUACUGCAGCGGUGGCAAUCUCCAUUCGCUCCGGCAGAAGCAGCCUAACAAGCAUUUUACCGAGCAAGCCGCAAGAUUCUAUGCUUCGGAGGUGCUACUGGCGCUGGAGUACUUGCAUAUGUUGGGGAUUGUAUACAGGGACUUGAAGCCGGAGAACGUGCUGGUGAGGGAGGAAGGACACAUAAUGCUCUCCGAUUUCGACCUCUCCCUGCGCUGCUCAGUCGACCCCACGCUCGUCAAAUCCUCGUCGCGCUCGAGCAGCAGCGAGGUCGUCAACGCCGGGAUGAUCGACGGCGACCAGACCGUGCAGAGCUGCAUCCAGCCGUCCUCCUUCUUCCCCCGCAUCCUACCCAAGAAAAACCGCAAGUCCAAAUCCGAUUUUGGGAUCGGAAGCAGCAGCAGCAGCAACAACAACAACAACCACGGUAUCGCCGAAUUGGAGUUCAUGGCGGAGCCGACGAACGCGCGGUCGAUGUCGUUCGUGGGGACGCACGAGUACCUGGCGCCGGAGAUCAUCCGCGGCGAGGGGCAUGGCAGCGCGGUGGAUUGGUGGACCUUCGGCAUCUUCCUGUACGAGCUGUUGCAUGGGACUACGCCGUUCAAGGGCUCCGGCAACAAGGCCACGCUUCAAAACGUGGUCAGCCAGCCGCUGAGGUUCCCGGAGACGCCACUGGCGAGCCUGGUGGCGAGGGAUCUGAUACAGGGGCUGCUUGUGAAGGAUCCACAGAGGAGGAUCGCCUACCACAGAGGGGCGACUGAGAUCAAGCAGCAUCCGUUCUUUGAGGGGAUCAAUUGGGCUCUGGUGAGGAGCAUAGCGCCUCCACAUGUUCCUGAUCCGGUCAACUUUAGUCAGUUUGGGAGCAAGGAGAAGAAGAAGAGCGCUGAGGGUGGACUUGCAGGUGGGAACAGCGGGAACAAAGCUCAUUCCAGCGAUUCUUCGAAUCUUGAUUUUGAGUAUUUCUAGGACGACAAUGUUUAAUUUAAUUAAUUCUUUAAUGCUUGGGAAUGUUUUUGUA